AUGGGCUUCCUACCUACGUACAAGAUAGUCGACCACUAUGAGACAAAGACACUGCUCAUGUUUCUCAACCUCGUCGCCGGCGUCUCCAUCUUCUUCUUCGGCUACGACCAAGGAAUGAUGUCCGGCGUCAACAACUCCCCCAACUACGCGACCCGCAUGCGCUUCGGCUACGGCAACGAAGAAGGCGGCGUCGUCGUCACAAACUCAACCCGCCAGGGCGGCAUCGUCGCCAUCUACUACUUCGGCACCCUCCUCGGCGCCGUCGCCGGCGGCUACCUCGGCGACAAACUCGGCCGCGUCAAGAGCAUCGCCGUCGGCUGCGCCUGGGCCGUCCUCGGCGCCUCGCUGCAGUGCUCGGCCAUGAACAUCGCCUGGAUGUGCUGUGCCCGCGUCAUCAACGGCGUCGGCACCGGCAUCCUCAACGCGGUCGUGCCCGUCUACUCCGCCGAGACCGCAGAGUACAAGUCCCGAGGCAUGUUCAUCGCGUUCGAGUUCACCCUCAACAUCUUUGGCGUCGUCGUCGCCUACUGGCUCGAGUACGGCCUCUCCUACGUCAACGGCGGCUACUCCGACGUCCGCUGGCGCCUCUCGAUCGGCUUCCAGAUCAUCCCCUUGCUCUUCCUCUUCGCCGCCAUCUGGGUCUUCCCCGAAUCCCCGCGCUGGCUCGUCAAGAACGGCCAGACCGAAGAGGCGCGCUACAUCCUCCAGCGCCUGCGCGGCACCGAAACCGACGAGGCCGAGACCGAGCUCCAGGACAUCCUCCACAUCGUCGAGCUCGAGCACGAAAACUCAAAGCUCAACUCGUACUGGAACAUGUUCUUCGGCAUCGGCUCCGGCGACCUGCAUCUCGGCCGCCGCGUCCAGCUCGUGAUUUGGCUGCAGAUCCUGCAGGAGUGGAUCGGGAUCGCGGGCAUCACCGUCUACGCGCCGACGAUCUUCUCGAACGCGGGCUUCGACACCGAUAAGUCAAACUGGCUGUCGGGUCUCAACAAUGUCUUUUACAUGUUUGCCACAAUCAUCAACGCCUUCACCGUCGACCGCUUCGGCCGCCGCAUGACGCUCUACUGGGGCGCGAUCGCGCAGGGCAUCGCCAUGUUCCUCGCCGGCGGCUUCUCGCGCGCGCAGAUAAACUACCCCGACAACACCUCCUGGGGCGCGGCCUCGGCCUCCUUCAUCUUCAUCUACACCUCCGUCUUCGGCGCGACCUGGCUCGUCGUGCCCUGGCUCUACCCGACCGAGGUCUUCCCGCUCGAGGUGCGCGCGCGCGGCAACGCGUUCGGCGUUAUCGGCUGGUCGAUCGGCAACGGCUGGCUCACGCUGCUCUGCCCGAUCAUGUUCAACCACAUUGGCGAGAAAACGCUCUACAUCUUUGGCGCGUGCAACGCAAUCUCGAUCCCAAUCGUCUACUGUCUGUACCCCGAGACCGCCAAGCGCACGCUCGAGGAGGUUGAUUUCCUGUUUGCCGCAAAGACGCCCUGGGCGUGGGACGCCGAGAAGGAGUUUAAGCGGUUGUCGGACGAAGAUCGCGUGAACCGCGUCAAUAGACCGGUGGGUGGAGCAAAAGCGCACGAGCUCGAUAAUCUUCAGGGUUCGUCGGCUGGGGAUUCGGCGUCUAGUCAGGCAGGGAGCGUUAUGAACGCUGCUGGGAAGGAUUAG